UGGACAGAUUAGAAUAAUAGUGAGAUUUGCCAGGAUAACCCUAUACAGGCGCCUGUAGGAUCCGGACUCUACAGCUGUGGGGGCCAUAGGAAGGAUCCUUCAGAGCUGAAUUCUUAAUGUAACCAGUGCUGUGCAUCCUAUAGAGGGAAGAGCUUUAAUAGAGAUUUCUUCAGCUGUGGACAAGGCUCCUCUGUCUCCUCACAGGGGGAGGAUCUGAAGCUUGUGCUGGGAUUCAGCCUCAUAUAGGAUGGAUGUGCAGGGCAGGAUCUCCACCUGAGCAUAUAGGAUCAUAUAUAUAGGAUCAUCCAGGAGCAGAUAGGAUCAUAUAUAUAGGAUCAUCCAGGAGCAUAUAGGAUCUCAUAUAUAGGAUCAUCCAGGAGCAUAUAGGAUCAUAUAUAUAGGAUCAUCCAGGAGCAUAUAGGAUCAUAUAUAUAGGAUCAUCCAGGAGCAUAUAGGAUCAUAUAUAUAGGAUCAUCCAGGAGCAUAUAGGAUCAUAUAUAUAGGAUCAUCCAGGAGCAUAUAGGAUCUCAUAUAUAGGAUCAUCCAGGAGCAUAUAGGAUCAUAUAUAUAUAGGAUCAUCCAGGAGCAUAUAGGAUCAUAUAUAUAGGAUCAUCCAGGAGCAUAUAGGAUCUCAUAUAUAGGAUCAUCCAGGAGCAUAUAGCAGCUAUCUGUGUUCUCCAUCACCUGGGAGCAGCUGGAACCAUGUGAUUGCUAUCUGGCAGCGACAAUGGAUCAGUGAUCUGGGAAUAUUCCUCAUUGUGUCUGUGAAUACAAGUUACUAUGUGUGGGCAUCAGAUGUAGAAGAGCCAGGAGAGCCCGGGGAUCUGUGUGGUGGAGCUCCUGCCUGGGGGACCCCGAGGAUCUGUGUGGUGGAGCCGCUGCUGACUGGGGGACCCCGAGGAUCUGUGUGGUGGAGCCGCUGCUGACUGGGGGAGCCCGGGGAUCCCGUGUGGCGGAGCCGCUGUUUGGAGGAGCCCGGGGAUCCUGUGUGGCGGAGCCGCUGUCUGGGGGAUCCAGUGUGCUGGAGCCUCUGCUGACUGGGGGAUCCCGGGGAUCCGGUGCGGUGGAGCCGUUUGGAGGAGCCCGGGGAGCUGCGGUUGUCUGCGGGAGCGCAGUCUCUGGGUUUCGGCACCAUGGACCGCUCCUGAGCUCCACUUGUGCCUUUCCAGUGUGAAUGCUUCUGUAAAUGAGUUUGCGGUUUUCCCUGACGAUCAUGCUUUAUUUCCAGAUGGUGAUCAUGGCAGGGACUGUAAUGUUGGCUUAUUACUUCGAGUACACGGACACGUUCACUGUGAAUGUCCAGGGCUUCUUCUGCUUUGACAGCUCCUACACCAAGCCCUAUCCGGGCCCCGAGGAGAGCAGCGAUGUCCCCCCAGUCCUCCUCCUCUCUCUGGUCACUGGGGUCCCAGUGCUCGUGAUUAUCGUCGGAGAGACUGUGGUCUUUUGCCUACAGGUAGCGACAAGAGACUUUGAGAACCAGGAGAAAACACUAUUAACUGGAGACUGUUGCUAUAUUAAUCCACUGGUGCGGAGAACGGUCCGAUUCCUCGGGAUUUAUACUUUUGGACUAUUUGCUACAGAUAUAUUUGUAAAUGCCGGACAAGUUGUGACCGGAAACUUGGCGCCACAUUUUCUUACCGUUUGUAAACCCAACUACACAGCACUUGGCUGCCACCAGCUCACACAGUUCAUCACAGAUGCCAACGCUUGCACCGGAAACCCCGACCUUGUACUGAAAGCAAGGAGAACGUUUCCAUCCAAAGAAGCUGCUCUCAGUAUAUACGGAGCAAUGUAUCUGGCGAUGUAUAUCACCAGCACCAUUAAAGCCAAAGGGACACGACUCGCCAAACCUGUCCUCUGCCUGGGCUUGAUGUGUCUGGCAUUUCUUACCGGAAUAAACAGAGUGGCGGAAUAUCGCAACCAUUGGUCGGAUGUCAUAGCCGGGUUCCUUAUUGGAAUAUCAAUAGCCGUGUUUCUGGUCGUCUGUGUGGUUAACAAUUUUAAGGGACGACAGUCAGAACAGGAGAAGUCGCCCAUUGAUAAUUUGGCGCAGAUGCCGAUGAUCAGUAUUCCCCGGGUAGAAAGUCCUUUGGAAAAGAACCACCUCACCGCCUUUGCGGAAGUCACAUGAUGUUGAAGCGGACGCCUACUCUCUGCACUGGACCUCCUCCCUCUUCACAGUUCACUCAUCUCAACCGAGACACAUUUGAAAAACAAGAGAGCGCGGGAAGUAACGAGCUACAGUCUCCGGUCUAUUUAAUGAUUUUUUUACAGUCUCGACAAUAUUGUCCGCAUCUGAAGGUUGUUUUGUAAUUCUAACUUGUUUUUUUUUCUUACAUUUUUCAGAAAAAACAAA